CUACAACUAUCAACCUACUGGCGGGGCAAGAAGUCGAGAGGUCCAUUGCCGCAUGGAGAAACGCCGUAUAUAUAAUGCUGAGGCGUUCUGCUUCUCGUCCCAAUCCGUUGUAUAAGCAUAAGUUCUCUAAAGCUGACACACAAUAUCUGCCGUGAAGCUCUCUGUGUCCAUUUGUGUCUGUUCUCUCGGCUCGGACAGCUUCGUCCCGCCUAACCCUAGACCAACUAUAAGACUCGUGCCCGAGAAAGGUGCCCGACAAAGCAGCUAGCCAGGAUCAACAUGACUCGUCCCCUGGAAGGCAAGGUUGGAAUCAUAACGGGGGCAUCGAGAGGCAUCGGCGCCGCCAUCGCCGAGAACCUAGCGUCAAAGGGAUGCAACCUGGUUCUGAACUACACCUCCCCGAGCUCGGCCUCUCUCGCCAAUGAACUUGCCAACUCCUUGGUGAACAGGCACUCGAUCCGCAUCGUCGUCGUCCAAGCCGAUAUCGGCACGACGGCCGGUCCCGCGCAGAUCAUCGACGCUGCCAAGGGGCCCUUCUCGCGGGAUGAUGGGGACGGCACGAUGCGGCUGCAGGUCGACAUCAUCGUCAACAACGCGGGGAUCGCGCUGAACGCCCCCCUCGCGGACGUGACGGUAGGCCAGUUCGACGAGACGUACCGUGUCAACGUGUUGGGCCCGCUUCUGCUCGUGCAGGCGGUGGAGCCGUACCUGCCGCUGGACCGGUCGGGCCGGAUCGUCAACCUGUCGUCCGUGUCGAGCAGCACCGGGUUCGUGGGGCAGUCGGUGUACGGCGGGACCAAGGCCGCCCUCGAGGCCAUGACGCGCACCUGGGCCCGCGAGCUGGCCGAGAGGGCCACCGUCAACUCCAUCAACCCGGGCCCCGUCCAGGGGCCCAUGUACGCGGCCAACACGGAGGAGUUCAAGGCUGGCAUCAAGGGCUGGAUCCAGCACACGCCGCUGAUGGCGGCGCGGCCUGGCCUCGACAGCGAUGAGUUGGUCGAGGAUGCAAAGGAGAACGGCGGGAGGCCGGCUUACACGCGCGAGGUCGCGGGGAUCGUGGGCAUGCUGUGCAGCGAGGAUGCGGCGUGGUGUACGGGGCAGGUUGUCUGCGCCAAUGGAGGGAUGCUGAUGCUGCAUUAGAUGGGAAGUCGACGGUGUCUCAGCGUCUAGGUACAAGUGAUCAAGAAACAGCGUGUAAAUCUCCCUUGGAAGGCUACUCCAUAAUAUAACUAAGCCACUCGCCUUGAUAUUCCUGCGUUUGGGAGAAUAGGUGCUCAAUCCCAAGCCCUGAACGACUCUCACAUAAUCAACUCCCUGCGAGUCUGUUAUGGAGAAUCAGUCACGAAACCACCGAGCUCUUCAAUGGCCUGAGAUUACACAUGCUCGCUCGACCUUGGCGAGAACAGACGAAUAUGAUAUUGAUUAGAGACUAUAUCUGAGGAGGACAGGUUCCAUUGCUGGAGUCUAUGAUUUCGAUCAGGCGCCUUUAGCUAACCCAGUCCUUCCCUUACGGCGUUCA